CUGCGCUGACGAGCCGGCGCGAGGAGUGUAGGGGCUGGUGCCAAAAUGGCGGAGCGCGGCUACAGCUUCUCCCUGACCACCUUCAGUCCUUCUGGMAAGCUUGUUCAGAUUGAAUAUGCUUUGGCUGCAGUAGCUGCAGGAGCUCCAUCAGUUGGGAUUAAAGCUGCAAAUGGGGUGGUGUUGGCAACAGAGAAGAAGCAGAAAUCCAUUCUGUAUGAUGAAAGGAGUGUCCACAAAGUAGAACCAAUUACCAAACAUAUAGGUUUAGUGUACAGUGGUAUGGGUCCAGAUUACAGAGUACUUGUACACAGAGCUCGGAAGCUGGCCCAGCAGUAUUACCUGGUUUAUCAUGAGCCCAUCCCAACAGCUCAGCUAGUACAGAGAAUUGCUUCUGUGAUGCAGGAGUACACACAAUCUGGUGGUGUUCGUCCCUUUGGUGUAUCACUGCUUAUAUGUGGCUGGAAUGAAGGGCGGCCAUAUUUAUUUCAGUCAGAUCCAUCUGGAGCUUAUUUUGCAUGGAAAGCAACAGCAAUGGGAAAAAAUUACGUCAAUGGGAAAACAUUUCUUGAGAAAAGAUACAAUGAAGAUUUGGAACUUGAAGAUGCCAUUCAUACAGCUAUCUUAACACUAAAGGAGAGCUUUGAAGGGCAAAUGACAGAAGACAACAUUGAAGUUGGCAUCUGUAAUGAAGCUGGUUUUAGGAGGCUCACUCCAACUGAGGUUAAGGACUACUUGGCUGCAAUAGCCUAGUGGAAACCACCCAGCUAGACUGUGUGGUUCACACAAUGGUCUUUUUAAUUUUGGCUACUUAAAUGUUUUUCUUUGCAGUUUUUGCAUACUUAUUUCUACAUGGUUUGUCUGAGAGAUUUUUUAAACAUCAUGGGUGCAAAUACAAUGGUCCUUGAUAUUGUAAUACAUGGAAUCUUGUUAAAGAUAAUUAUUUCCCGUGAUACAUGAAUUAUUGUACAAAAUGUAAAGUUAUAGUGACAGCUUGAAAAAGGCUAAAGAAUAAAAUCAAAGGCCACUGUUUUGGGGGAAGCUGUCUGUGUGUCUUUUUAAUCCUAGUUUGUGUAUCUGCAGAAAGCUUAGAUUUCAGUAUCCUUAUUGUUGAGGAAACAAUUUUUCACAUACAGCCACAAUGAACUUAUGUUCAACCUUCUUUUAAAAAAUAUAAAUUUUGAGUGGUAGGAUAGUUUUUUCACUUUGAAAUAUUGUUUAAAUGUUAAUUAUCCUCCAGAAAUGGUUUUAUAUGGUGUAAAAGAUCAUGUAGUCUCACAAAGGGGCAGAAGAGUCUUCCAUUUCAGGUAUGAACUGUGAUCUACUUGUGCCUCUGCUUUUGACCCUCCUGGUCUUUGUGUCACAAGAACUUGUUCUCUAUUACUUCAGUUAUUCUCGUAGAAAAUAGAAAUUGCACUUUUUCAACCUUGAAAUAUUGUUAGAAAAUGUAGAAAUAGUAACUCUUACUGAAA